AAUGAUAAUGAGGGCAAGUAACCUGAGAAAGAGCACCAGCAUUCCACCCGUCUCUUAAUAUGGCCUGCCCGGGGCAGCCCCUGGGAGCCUGCCAGAAACCUGACACUACCCCCACACUUGUUCCAGCAAGCUUGGCCCACUGGCCCGAAUGGGCGUGCCCAAAGAGGGAUCCGGAGCUCUACCUGAGCUGACAACGUUUUUCUCUGGUCCUGACGGGGUUCCAGAGCUGCUCUCGCAGAACUGCUCACUUGCGUGCACACGCACACACGCGCGCACACACACCAGAGAGCACCGUUGUCGGCUGCGGUUUCUCCACUAUCGGCUGGACAUGUCCCUGCCUCUGGAGCUGGGCCCCUUUCACCGGGACCAGGCUCUGGGCACACUAGAGCGCCAGCUGAUAUGCCCCAUUUGUCUGGAGGUGUUCACAAAGCCUGUGGUCAUUCUGCCCUGCCAGCACAACCUCUGCCGCAAGUGUGCCAAUGAUCUCUUCCAGGCACGGGGUAACAUGGUUGGCGCUGGGGGGCGCUUUCGGUGCCCCUCCUGCCGACAUGAAGUGGUGCUGGACCGCCAUGGAGUCUACGGGCUACAGCGAAACCUCCUAGUAGAGAACAUCAUUGAUAUCUACAAGCAAGAAUCUGCCAGCUCCAGGCCACCACCCAAGCCCACAGGCCAGCCCACCUGUGAGGAGCAUGAGGAUGAGAAGGUCAACAUCUACUGCAUGACCUGCCAAGUACCCACAUGCUCCCUCUGUAAGGUGUUUGGGGCACACAAUACCUGUGAGGUGGCACCUCUGCAUGAUGUGUACCAGCAGCAAAAGGUGGAACUCAGUGGUGGGAUUAAUGCUCUGGUUGCUGUCAAUGACCACAUCCAAGAAUUUAUUAAUGCCUUGGAGGAGACCUGCAAAAACAUUGAGGACAACUGCAAGACCCAGAAGCAGAUCCUGUGUGAGAAGUUUGAUCGCAUGUACAGCAUACUGGAGGAACGCAGGAAGAUCAUGCUGCAGCGCAUUACUUACGAGCAGGAGGAGAAGACGGGGCACACCCGCUCCUUGGUGCGGGCCUACGGGGAACACGUGGAGGCCAACUCCAAACUGGUGGGGACAGCCUUGCACACCAUGGAGGAGCCUGAAAUGGCCGCAUUUUUACAGAAUGCGAGAACACUCAUUGAGAAGGUGACCGAGGCUGCCAGCUCUUCCACAGUGGAGGCCCUAGAGCCAGGCUUUGAGAACAUGGACCAUUACAAAGUAGACUUCAAUGCAGAAGAGAGGGUGCUCUACCAGCUGGACUUUGUCAAAACUGAGGAGGAAGUGGAGGAAGAGCCAGAGCCGGAAGCAGAGCAGGAGGCAGAGCCAGUCCCAGAGCCGGAACAGGAACAUGAGCCGGAGACGCAGCCCGAGACGGAGCCAGCGGUGGAGCAAAAGGGGGACAGCUGUGUGGCCGGCAUCCUCCCGGGGGAAUCAGAGGAUGUUAGAGGACAGGCAGAGGGAUGUGCGGACCCAAAGAAAGAGCUUCAGAAUGACAAACUUGAGGGGUUAAACAUUCAGCAGGACGAGCCGGAGCUGUGGCACGAUGAGCAUGAUGCAGGGGACUUGGAGAUCCAGGGCCUGCUGGCUGAGGCCAGUGAAGACACCAAGCUCUACCCGACCUGGUACAAAUCCAACAGCUGGCAGGUUGUUAGCCCUAGCCUGGCUAUGUCCUGUGAGCCUGUAGAGGGCUCAGACAGUGAACCCCAGCAGGCCAGGGAUUCCCAGCCCCAGCCCCUGUGGAAGGGGAGCAACUUUGUUUCCGUGGCCCCAGAGGACCCAGGUGGACAGUUAAUAAGUGGGGAGUUUGUGUCCCUGGCAGCAGAAGAGAGCUCUGGGCAGGGGGAGAGCUCUGUCAACAGGGGCAGUAUGACUGCAACACCCCCGCAGAGAGAAUCUGGCAGUCCCGUACAGGCAGAAAACAAACCCAAACCAGCCCCCGUCAGUCAGCCCACCCGUCUUAUCUUCUCCUUCUCCUGGCUGAAUGCUCUCUCCAAAAAGAAGAAAUAAAGGGGGCGGUGCAUUCCUUGCUUGUCCUCAGUCCAUCUCUAUGGGCAGGCAUAGAUGCCAGCACAGUGCUGGCAAGCUGAGCUUUUUUUUACGAGAGCAUGGAACUCUGGUUAAGAUGGCAUGAAGAGGUUCUUGAAAAGGUCCACUGUCAAAGAAUCUGACAGGCUGUAUGCAAGUAAUUAGGGAAGAAAAUAUGUUGUUUUGUGAAAGAUUAUUCAACAAAGAGCUAUGUAGUUACAUACUAUUAAACAACUGGUCAUUCAUGGAAUAAAAGCUAACAAAAAGGAAA